UUCGUUCAUGCGAAUAUGGCCGCCUCCAUAAUCAGGUGGAAGAUGGUCUGCGCAGGCAUUGCCCGGGUUGUGAGAUGGACCAAUUUUAGGACUAAUGUAGCUUUUUUGGGUCAGGUUUCGACGCGAACGGGAGUGAGUUAUGUAAAGCUUGUCAAAAAAAAAGUAUAUUACGAUGGCGACCGAAUCCCCGACAGUACAUUCGCCCAGGGAUCCCUCGACGCGUUAGCUGCUAGGGGGUUCUGUCGAACCCGAAAAGCUUACGAUCCGCCGGCUGAUAUCGAAAAUCGUCUGCGCGAAGUCGUCGGUCGUCUUCUUCCAUCUGCUGUAAAUCAAGACUGGUCGAAGGUGCCGGUGUCUGGCAAAGAGAAGAUGGCACUGCUAGCCGAGUGCACGCGGGCAUUCUCUCACUCAGUCCCCAAUCCUGAACUCAGGGACAUUCGCAGUGUUGGUGAUGUCGCUAAGUUCUUCCGGACGCCUGUCGACGCACUGAACCCGUACGAUCUGCUAAUUCAUGCCAAACCUGGCGAAUUGCCAAGUAAUCUGUGUGUGAUCCCUGAUGGCAUUCGUUUCAAGCCAGGCUCGGUCGGACCAGAAUCGCUUGGACCGGGAGGUUUGUUUAAGGGUAUUCCUGCGUAUCCUGGUUCGAGUACCACCAUGUCAGGUUUACGCGCCCGCAAGAAAUACGGCCCCGGUUUUAAGAUCGAUCGAGAGUGGCCAUACGAAGUCACACUUGACAAGAUAUAGUUGAGACAUGUAUCUAAGGCUGACGUGCUCAUCAUGUUGUAUUAAUUAAUAAGACGGGUUGUAUAAAUGAAGACGCAGCGCGUAGAAUAAAAUAACUUUUAGAUAUUCCUA